GGGAGGGCCGGGCUGGCGCUCUCCGGCUCGGGCACCGGGGCUUGGGCCCGGCGGCCCCCGGAGUGCCUUCCUGGGCUCCCGGCGCGGGCAUGGCACGGAGCCUCUGGAGCUGGCUGGGCGGCUGCCUCCUGGUGUCAGCAUUAGGAAUGGUGCCACCUCCUGAAAAUGUCAGAAUGAAUUCAGUUAAUUUCAGGAACAUUCUACAGUGGGAGUCACCUGCUUUUCCCAAAGGAGAUCUGACUUUCACAGCUCAGUUCCAAAGCAGAGGCUCCUGAAGGGUGAGUGUCACCCAAGACGGCUGGCUCAGUGGUGCUUCAUCCCCCUGCCCUGCCUCUCAGUUUUUCCCUGUGCCAGCCCUCCUUUGGCAGCCUGCCGUCAUACAGCACAGGCUGGACUUCAGGAGACCCACCUUUGUGCCGGGUGCCAACAGCUGCAGGAGGCCAAAGGCUGAUGAGCCAACACAACUGCUUCCAAUGUGACUCAGAAACAUACAAAGAUGGACAACUCCGUCAGUGGGGCGGGACCAAAUUUAUAGGAAAUUUGAAGAUAUAUGCACAAGUACCACCUUGAUGGAAUGUGAUUUCUCAAGUAUUUCCAAAUAUGGUUACCAUACCUUGCGAGUCAGGGCUGAAUUUGAGGACGAGCGUUCAGACUGGGUAAACAUCACCUUCUGUCCUGUGGAUGACACCGUUAUUGGACCUCCUGGAAUGCAAGUAGAAGCACUUGCUAAUUCUUUACAUCUGCGUUUCUUAGCCCCCAAAAUUGAGAAUGAACCUGAAACAUGGACCAUGAAGAACAUUUAUAACUCAUGGGCUUAUAAUGUGCAAUAUUGGAAAAACGGCUCUGAUGAAAAGUAUCCGAUCACUUGUCAAUAUGACUUUGAAGUUCUCAGAAAUCUUGAGCCGUGGACAACUUACUGUAUUCAAGUUCGAGGGUUUCUUCCUGAGCGGAACAAAACCGGGGAAUGGAGUGAGCCUGUCUGUGAGCAAACAACUAUUGAUGAAACACCCUCCUCGUGGAUCAUCGCUGUCAUCCUCGCUGCCUCGGUUUGUGCGGCCUUCCUGCUGCUCCUGGGCUGCAUCGCCUUGGUGUGGUGCAUUUACGUGAAGACCAAGUACGCCUUCUCCCCGGGGAACGUGCUCCCUCAGCACCUGAAAGAGUUUUUGGGCCACCCACAUCACAACAAGCUUCUGUUCUUCUCUUUCCCGCUCUCUGAUGAGGAUGAAGUUUUUGACAAACUGAGUAUCAUUACACAAGUCUCUGGAAACGGCAAGCUGAAUUCAGGGGAUGGCUGCAGCCUCGGGACCCGCUGUGAGCAGGGCUCCUUCGAGCUCGUCUCUGGGGAGGAAACACACUCACCUGGGUACAGCGACCCCCUGUUUCUCACAUCUGCCUCGGACGAUGAUCAGAGCAACAAACAAGGGCCGAGGCCACCUGGGCAAACCCCAACUCUAGAACUCUCAGACGCUGCGACAGCGUCCGAACAGGCAAAGAGCUAGAUUUCAAAGGCUCGCUUCGCAAAAAUACUCCAUCUUGGCACCUUGCUCUUUUAGAAAGGCCUUAAUGAUUGAAAAAAUUACUUGGCCCCUGAGAGUAUAAUUUUCAGCCCCUGAAGCUUGCUAAUAUAAAGAACAACUUUUAAUUAUGAGAAAUAAAAACUGAGAUGCUGUAAAAUCCUGUCAGACCACCGAUAGACUGAUCGGAAAGACAGUGUCAGCUCAGAAGGGGUCAGCGGACACUGUACGGAGCGUGGGUGUUUGGAUUCUCAGGGAAACUCCGACUGGAUUUAUUUUUCUACCUGUGUAUGUCUUAUAUAGUGCUGGUGCUCUAUAGUUUUGUUCUCUAUUUAAUCUGUAUGUAUUAACGAUAACACAUUUGUAUAGUUGUCACAUAUUGAA